GACAAUGUGGUAGCAUUGAGUGGUGGAAUGAGAGAUUUGUGUGAUGUGUCGUUAGGUCGAAACGGUCGAGUCGGGUCGGGUCGUGUACCUUUUGCCACGAAUGUUUUGCCAGUCAGGCUCUAAAAGGCCUUACGAAAACAGCAAAAAAUUUUAGUUCGCAUGACGCGCAUAUCUUCCGAAUCUUUGAAUAAAGUUAUUCUUAUAUCUCGUUGCGUAGUUAUGUCAAGACGGAGAAUAUCUCAUAUUUUACUAAGUGUGUGACAAUUAAACAAAAAUUAAAGAUAUUUACAAAGUCAACUGAAUACAUCAAUUUAAGAAAUUCAAUAAAAUACGCGCGUAGUGUGAUUCAGAAUAUCUAAGUUGUAAAAAAAAGAAAUUUUGAUUAAUUUUUAAUAUAUUUUCCAGCGCAGCAACGCGUUAUCUACAAAAAGUGUUUACCAGAAAAUCUUUUCCGGCCAUAAAGAAUAAUAAAGUGAAAAUACAUAUAUAUGAGUGUUAUGAAAAGAAAUUCACCAUUCAGAAAAUGAAUGCUGGCUGAAAGAAUAUACAGAUAAAAAAUACAAAAUUAAAUGGAAUAAACAGUUCUGAAGUUUUGCAUAUGUUUCAUUUUGUGAAAUUAAAAAAGUAUUAAAAAAUCACGCAGUGCGAACAAACGCGCAAAUAUACACUUGAUUACAAUACAGAUAUAUACACCACCUGGGCUAGCCAGUAAAACGGUACCGUCCCGUCUACCGUUGACGGGAUAUUUGCAAAGUGCAUACUUCAUUUCCCUCUUACACCCCGCAAGCCGCCAAAAUGAUCACUCACAAUUCGUUGAGCGUGUAUGGUGGCGGCGUCAUGUGCGCGUCCCCAUCCACUGCUCCUGGUUUCUUUAAUCCGCGACCGCAGUCCGGUGCAGAGCUGUCCGCUUUUGAUCUCGGUCUACCCCGCUCCAUGGCGCUGGGUGUUCCACCGCCCUCCGCAUGGCACGAUCCCAACCUAGGCGGUCAUUUGCAUGCUUCCGCUGGACCCGGCUCGUUGGCGGGCACAGCAGGUGCAGGUGGCAGUUCAGUGAGCACUGGCGGCGGCACAACGCCAUCUAGCGUUGCCAGUCAACAGUCGGCCGGUAUCAAGCAGGACAUUUCUGGACUAACGGGUGCCGGCGGUCAAUCCAAUACACACAACCAAAGCGGUCACCAUGCAAUCAAAGAGGAUCUCUCCAGCCUGACGGCAGCUUCAGCAGCGGCUAGUGCAGCAGCGCACCAUGCAGCGGCAGUGCAUCAUGCCGCGGCUGCCCAACAAAAUCAUGGGCAAGAAUUGGGAGUCAUGAUCAAAGGCCAACAGGCGGGAUCGAGUUGUUUAGGUGCGAGCACUACAGCGGGCGGUGGAGGAAAUAGCGGCGGCGGCGGUGGAAGCACAACGCCUAGUUCCCAGGCGAAUAGUUUACAUUCACAGAGCAGCAACAGCGACUCCAAACAGAACAUGGACUGCAAACAAAACAUCGAGUGUGUGGUGUGCGGAGACAAGAGCUCCGGCAAACACUAUGGCCAAUUCACCUGCGAAGGUUGCAAAUCGUUCUUCAAGCGCUCGGUGCGCCGCAACUUAACGUACUCGUGUCGGGGGAGCAGAAAUUGCCCGAUCGACCAACAUCACCGAAACCAAUGUCAAUAUUGCCGUUUAAGAAAGUGCCUGAAAAUGGGAAUGCGACGCGAAGCUGUUCAACGCGGUCGUGUGCCUCCCACUCAGCCCGGCUUAGCCGGUAUGCAUGGCCAAUACCAGCUAGCUAAUGGCGAUCCUAUGUCUGUUGCCGGAUUCAAUGGUCACUCCUAUCUUAGUUCCUAUAUUUCAUUGUUACUGCGCGCAGAACCCUACCCAACAUCCCGAUAUGGUCAAUGCAUGCAACCAAACAAUAUUAUGGGUAUCGAUAAUAUCUGCGAACUGGCCGCGCGUUUACUAUUUUCUGCCGUCGAGUGGGCCAAGAACAUCCCGUUUUUUCCUGAGUUACAAGUGACGGAUCAAGUGGCGCUGUUACGUCUGGUCUGGUCCGAAUUAUUCGUCUUAAAUGCGAGCCAAUGUUCAAUGCCAUUACACGUGGCACCACUGUUGGCUGCUGCAGGGCUGCACGCAUCGCCGAUGGCGGCGGAUCGCGUGGUAGCAUUCAUGGACCAUAUACGCAUCUUCCAGGAACAGGUGGAAAAAUUGAAGGCGUUGCACGUCGACUCGGCUGAAUAUUCCUGUCUCAAAGCGAUUGUGCUCUUCACCACUGGUAAGUUGUUGGACAUCCUUUACCGGGAUAUUCCGGCGCUGCUUACUAAAGUUUCAGCUAAAGUGUGUGCCUUGGCAUCUGCGGCCAGCACGACCAACAGCGAGCAUUCAGAUACUUCAGUGACAACCAAGUCUACUGGGUCGGUGACGAAGGGCUCCAAUGCAGAUCUGUUGCACGAACAAGUGUUGUUGGUGGUGCGCGAUCAUCUCGAAGAACUCAAUCGGCUAGAAACAGAAUCUCAACAGCACACUUCGGCGGCCGCUUUUCACCUGGCCGCAUUUAUGAAGAGUGUAGCUGGUGUUGAAGCGGUCACGCAAAAUAAUUCCGGAAAUGCAGGAAAUACUGAGAAUUAUCAAGGAAACGAUGAUCGGAAGCCUACAUCACAGCAGCUCGCCACAAGUUCGGCAAACGGUCUUGGACACUCAGCCACAAGUGCUUUCAGCUCUUGUGCACCAAGUCACAAAACCUCGGCUCAAUUGACCAGCACCGACGAUUUACUUGCUGCCUUAUAUGCCAGUGCUAACUCUGCGGCCCCAGCCACCACCAAUUCUAACACUACCAACCCAACCACAUCUACCUCGAAUGCGAGUCACAACAAUAGCAGUGGUCUGGGCGCUUCUAUAAAUACUCAAUCGCAAAUCGGUUCGUCCCUUCUAAAUAACCUAACCGCUUCGCCUUUGAGUAAUAGCGCCACACAAACCACUGUCGCUGCCUCCCCUGGUACCGCAGUUAGUAAUCAUGGUGGGGCAUAUCAAUCGCCGCAUCCAACUUCUUCUCAACAUCAAUACAAUGCACAUACCCAUUCGCAGACGGCACAAGACCAACAACAAGCCGCAGCGGCCGCUGCCACAGCGGCUAUGUUCUAUCAGACACCGCCACGUUCUGCCUUCGGUUCGGCAUUUGAUAUGUUCCACCAUAGCACACCGUUCGGUGUUAGUAGUGGCGCUUCGUUCGGUAGUCCCAGUUAUAGAUACUCGCCGUACAGUUUUGGCAGUAGGUGGCAAUUGUAGUUUGAACUAAGAAAAUAGUUGCAAAACUUGAGACAAAUCAAAGUUGUUAGAGGUGCCGUAGAAUUUGGAUCACAUAGCGUUUAGUCUAGUCCACAUAGCAUAUUACGUGUUAGCCAUAAUCAUACCAUAUGUACCAUAA